ACAUACGCUUUUCGCCGAAGAAGAGCACGAGGCAUUGAUGUAUAUGUGUUUCUACAGUUUUUCAGUUGGCUUUACGACGGGGUUAAGUAAGAAAAAUGCAAUACUGACUUAAAUAUACAUGUGAUUCGGUUGGAGAAAUAUGUUACACGGCCUUUGUGGUAAAGGAUAUUGAAGUCCUCAUUUGGAUCGUCGUUCUCAAAAGACACAUCUUGAACAUACCCAGCAGAAAAACCAAACACAGUUCUUCAAAAUGGCGUAUCCGCAUAGUCGAAGAUCAAUCAGAGAAGCUUAUGAAAACCACUUUGGACCUGUGGAUACAAGAGAGGUGACGGCUCAUCGAGUCGUCAGUAUUGUUGAAAAGAGGAGCUCUAUGCCACGGCCGGGGUUAGAGUUUGACAGAGGAUGUGAUGAUGAGCAGUGGUACGGUGGAACUCGAAAUUACCAAGAAUCAAGAGGAUACCACGAGGACGACUGUUAUACAUCUAAUCGAUACUUUGAUGAAAUGCCCAACUACAGCAGCUUUCGCAGAAAUUCCUCACCCCCACGAAAUGAGGCUUCGUACUCCCAACAGUGUUACAGCAAAGAUGAUCUGAGGCAUCAAUUAAGCUCAAGGAGCAGCAGAGCUCAACAGUUGCGCAAAAGAGGUCGAGGGACAGGCUCUUCUCAAAGAGGAGAACGUGAUGACUACAGGAACUCUAAGUCUUCAGUAAUCCCACGAGAUCGGUCUCCUGGAAGGAAAGAUGUCCAGCCACCUCAAACUUCCCGCUCUGGAUCAAACGCCAGCAGCAAGAACUUCUCUCCUGACAGGGAGAAAGGUUACACCUACCAGCAGGCACAGCAGAAGCAAAGUGAAUCAUCCCUUCACGGAGAUCCCGGCCCAGUUCUGAACAACAAAACUGCAGUUGAUGAGGUGUACCUUCUAGACCAUGGCCCACAAGAUAAGUCCAGUGCGGGGUCAAGUCACACUCCCAGUAGCUCUGUGGAGGGAUCUCCUCAGAGUUCAACAUCUUUAAAGGAAAAACCUUCAGCAUCUGUAACGGAGUCGGAGGAGGUGGCGGCUGCCAGCAUGGAGCCAACACUGACACCAGAGAAGGACUUAAAGGCUCGUCGGUUGGAGGCCAUUGAGGCUAAAGCUCAGGAAAUUGAGAAGCAUUACAGGCAAGACUGUGAGACAUUCCGUACCGUGGUGAAGAUGCUGGUGACCAAGGAGCCCAGUUUGGAAAAUCUCCUGCAAGCUCCACUGGAUGAGAGCCUGUCGGAGAUCAAACAGCGCUGCCUCGAUGCCCUAAAGAGCUUCAUAACAGAGCUAGACGAGAUAUUAGAUCAGGAGGACACCUCGACAUGAGCCACAUGACACACGGAGUUGACGAUCUGGACUGUUGAAAAAAUCAUUUGUCCAAAGUUUUCACUUUUUACAUUUUUCGUUUAGUGAUUUAUUAGCAAAACGAACACUGAUGUAUUUUGGAAGAAGUAACGCAUUACAUAUAUAACUGUGAAAUCUUUAUUGUUUUGUCUGUAAAAUCUAAAAUGGUGUGUAAUGAAAGCAGAAUAUUAUUAACUUUCACUCUUCACCUGCAUUUUAACUUUGAUUUUUUUCAUUUUUUAAUCGUAUCUACUUAAUGUCAUUGCUAGAAGGUGACAACUGUAAAUAUUUAAUCAUUCGGCCAGCUGGAGGCUUGUAGUGUUUCCAACAAGUAUCAGAGGGUCUAACUGGUAUUUUCAAGGUGAAGUGUUACUUAGACAAGAGGACAGCAUUUUAUAAGUCAUGAAUUUUUAUGGCAUUGUGUAAAAAUGAAGCUGCUUGUGAUUUCCUUCAUUUAGAUUUCUGGUUUAACUUUUGUAAAUAAAAUGUGAGGCCUUGAAAUAAACAAUAUAUUAUUGUUCUU